AUAUAGACUCGGGUGCUGGGCAGGAACAGGCUACAGCUCACUCGCAAGCGACUCAGGGACGUCAACAACAUGGCGGCCGCUGCAGAGUCGUUGCUCUUGCAUACCAGGGCCUCUUCACAUUGGGUGUCGAGGUUGAGUGACGACGUUGGGAGCGAGUGCCAGCUACGCAAUGCCGGCUUCAAAGCGACGGUGCCAUUGACGCGUUGUUUAAGCUUGCGGUCUCGACCUCUCCUCUGCCGGGCCGUGGCAGACUUGCAACCUCGCCCCUCCCCUGAUAAUGGUCGCUUGCCCUUACCUUUCGCUACACCAGCCAGCGAGUCCCUUUCUCUGCAACCGACACCCAGCCAUCAGAGCCAGGUGUCGUCCAAUGUCGACUCUGAGGACUUCGCACAAGUGGACUUGGAGAAGAGGUGGAGGCGCGGGAAUGUGGACAAGAAGAGCGCGAGGAAAUGGGUGCGCGAGAGCAUCGAGUGGGAGGCGACGGGGAUGCGGACGCGGGGCCGAGCAGAGGAACUGCUGCGGGCGCUCGGCAGGCUGCCAGCUGGCGCCAGCAUCGACGAUGUCAUGACAGAGUAUGCGGGGCGGGCCAGUGUGGAGUCGCUGAAUGACGUGGUGAAGGGGCUCGGCAAACUGGACGACUGGCCCCGGUCGCUGGCAGUCUUCCACUGGAUGCACGCAUCUCGCUACCAAAAGCCCAACGCAUACACGUACACCAACAUCAUUGCGACACUGGGCCGGAGCCACCAGGUGGCAGCCGCAAAAAAGAUCUUUGACACAAUGAAGGAGGAGGGGGUCGAGCGCAACAUCUUCCACUACAACGCGAUGCUGGCGUGCUACACGCGCAACUCGCUGGUCCCCGAGGCGCUCUCACUGUUCCAGGACAUGGAGGAGCGGGCCCUGCCGCUGGACGCCUACACGUUCAGCAACAUGAUCAACGCCUGCGUCAAGGGCAACCUCGGCCUCGACAGGGCCCUCCAGCUCUUUGACAGGAUGGAGCGCUCGGGGCUGAAAGGCGAUCUCGUCGUCUACAGCUCGCUCCUCCACGCGUGCGUCGCAGCCAACCGUGUCGCCGAGGCAGAGCGCGUGUUGGAGGAAAUGGGCAAAGCAGGGCACUCCCCCAACUUGUACAUUUACACCGAGAUGAUCAAGCUCUACGCGCGGGCCGGGAACUGGCGGUCGGCUGAGACGAUGUUUUACGACAUGAAGCGGAAGAAGCAGAAGAUGGACAAUACGCUAUACACCGCAAUGAUUGACGCGUACGGGCGGUGCGGGCAAUAUGACGAGGCGCUAAGCGUGUUUUACGACAUGCGUACCGCGGGGUACGAACCGGACGUGGUGACGUAUUCGGCGCUCGUGGCGGCGUGCGCGGCGAUCGGGGACUACACAGAGGCCGGCAGCAUCGUUGAAGUAAUGGUCAACAGCGGUGUGGCUCCGAAUGCGUUCACGUACACGAGCCUCAUCCAGGCUGCCGGGAAGGCCGGCGAGGGUGACGACAUCGCCAUGCUAGUUGGCCAAAUGCAGGAAGCUGGGUUAGGGCUGACUUCCGUAACCCACGCGGUGAUCGUCGACGCUUACGGCCAUUGCAAGCGCUUCGAGGAGAUGGAAGACGCGGUUAGGGCUAUGCGGGCGAGCGGUUAUGCGCCUAACCUGAAGGUCUACACCACUAUGGUUACGGCAUAUGCUUUGGCCGGGGACGAGGCGAAACUGCGGGAGUGGUUUGCGCGGGUCAAGGAGGACGGGUUAGCGCCCGACCUGCGGUUGUGGACCACGUUCGUGUACGGGUUAGGAAAAGCGGGUCAGUACGGGGCAAUGAUGGAUGGGCUCCAGGACAUGAACGAUGCCGGUGUGCCGCCUAACGAGGCGACCUACACGGCGGUCCUCGACGCGCUCUUCGGGGGCGGGCAGUAUGCUGACGUCAUCAGCGCGUUCCGGGACAUGGAGGCGGCGGAGCUGCGCACCGACCGUGCGACGUUCAAGCGGCUGUGCAAGCAGCUGAGCCUGGCGCACCGCGCGCUGAGGCGGGCCGAGGAGGGGGUGACGUCAGCGGGCGGGGAGGGUGACGUCAGCAGGCUACGGCCGGGCGCGUGGAGCCCGGAGAAGCUGGCGGCGAUUGAGGAGUACGAGAAAGCGGUGCGGGGAUUGUUGAAGGAAAUCGAAGAGGACGACGAAGUAGAGUGGGGAGACGAGGAGGAAGACGUCAGCGGGGAGGUGGGUGAUGUCGGCACAGAGGGUGUCGGUACGAGUGCACAGGUCGGCGGCGCUGUGGAGGAUGACGUCAGCACGGGGGCUGCGGCGGGUACGAGCGUGUCAAAAGAGGACGACGAAGAAAGCGACUUGGAAAGUGAGUGGACGGGUCUAGUUGCUAGGGCGAUGAAGCAAGAAGCGGCAGUUGGGGGCGAAGAGCGGGAGUUGCGAGUUGAGAGCAUUGAUUCGGGAGACGCGGAAGAAAGCUCGGAACGGAAAGAUGCGGGAGGGGCGUCCGGUCGAAGACUGGCGGAAGCGGAAGCUUUAGUACGGGGCUGGGCGGAGGAGGACGAGGAUGCAAUGGGGGGGGCGAUCGAGCCCGCGGAAAGGGGGGGCGGAGAGGAGGCUGCGAAAGAGGGGGAUGAGGAGUGGGUGUGGGACGAAGAGGAUGCAUACUUAGAAGAUGCGGAAGAGUUCGAGACGUUGGAAGACUUCUUGGAGUUUGAGGCGGAGGACUUGGAGGCGGACUUCGACGACGAUUUCGACCCGAACGUUGAUUAUAAGAAGUUGGCGAAGGAGAAGAAACAAAAGGAACAAAGCUGAGGGUUUGUAUAGGGACUAGUAUCGGAAGCCAGACCGGUUGCCUCCCAAGAUUAGAAGGGCGGCUUUGUCUCACUUCGUGAUUCUAUUGGCGUGAGUGCACGUGAUCUUGCGCACAUCCAUCUUAAGUGAAUUUCGAAACACAAGGCAUCAGACUUUACUAUCGCCCUUUCGUCCUCCAUCAAGUGAAGACCGCCGGCGGCCCUAUUUCAAGGCCAUAACUCUUUGAUAAG